UCUACGAGUAUCUCUUUUGCUUAGCUCGUCAAGGCGAUGAACUGAUCGACAAGACAACACGAGAGACGGGGGACAGCUGUAGCCAAGCUAGGGAGCCAUGGCGCCCCAGACGAAGAAAGAGAGAGCGGCGGAGGCCAGGGCGAGCUCCUCGAAGCCCGUGGCGGCGGGGCCGCCCCAGGUGCAGCGGCGGAUGGUGAGAGGAGGCGCGUGGACCAGCCGCCGGAUUUCCUUCUACGCCUCCCGCGUCUACUUCCUGCUCAUCAUCCUCCAGAUCCCGCUCUUCAGGGUCCCUUGUAGAGCAGGCAUAUGCACAACACCAAUUCAAAUUACUUCUUCGCAGUUGGUCUCAAAUGAGAUAUUCCCACCAGCUGUUGUUAAGGCCAUGCUUUUCCCGGGAGCUAUAGUUAGCAACAUCACCACAAGUAUGAGCAUGACAUUUCCAAGGUGGAGUGACUUGUUCGACAUAUACAAUCUGACAGAAGUUAAGAAUGCUUCAGCAGUAAUUGAUCUACAGCGUCUAGAGAUGCUUGCUGGAAGCUACUUCUGUGUUGCUGGAGCACUUGUUGGCGUCAUUAAUCCUGGGAGGAUGAUCUUGUUUGGAACCCUUCUGGUUAUCUGGGGUCUAGUGAAAGAUGCGCUCUUCCGGAAGCCCAUGAACAGUGAAGCAACAGAACCAGUCUAUGUCUACCCUACCAUUUUGAUUGCGCUGAUAUGUUCAUUCAUGUCAAUAACUUACAAUAUAAAGAAGAAAGCGAGAAGCAGCCAGUCUGUUUCUAUCUCUAAGCCACUGCAAAGUUCGGCGAAGUCAAAACUGAAGUAGACACUUUACAGUCAGUUUGUCGGAGCCCCUUAUCUAUGUAGUUCAUUUCCAUCAUCUGAUUGCUGUAGUUCAUUUCCAUCAUCUGAUUGCUGAGCUGCUCAAGAUAGAUGGAAUGAUAGCCUGAUUCUGGUUCUCAUGUAUCACUUACUGUAAUCUUUACUAUUCUCAUUUGUAUUGAAUGCUCAAACUCUACAAUUUUGAUCAGGUUUAUUUCCGCAGUAAUGUUAUUGAUGUCUUUUUUA